UUCCUUCGCCCGCCGGCCCGGCGCGGCGCGCGCCCAAAUGCUGCUCCCUUCGCACCACCGCCGCGCUCCCCCGCGUCGCGGAGGGCGCCAGCCCCGUGGCGGCGAGGGCAGCGGCGUCGCCGACCUCUCCUCGCGUCUCGCGGGGUUCCUAUUCCUCCUCGCCCUCGUCGCGGCCGCGCUCUGCCUCUCCUCCUCGUCCUCCCGCGCGUGCUCCGGUCGCCGCCACGAGGAAGGCGGUAGCCGCGAGACCCUGCCCGGCGGCAGCGGAGCGACGCCGAGGGUGACCAUCUUCGCUGCGCCGCGGCCGCCGCCGGAGGGCUCGCCCGCGCGGCAGGAGCUGGCGGUGCGCUCCUGGCUGGCGCUCCCGGGGAACGUCAGCGUCGUGCUCCUAGGCGUUCACGCCUCCUGGCUCGUGACCGCCGGGCGGCUCGGCCGCCGGGUUACCGUCGAUGCGGCCAUCGAUUCCGCGUUCAUGGGGACGCCAUUCUUCCACUCGAUUGUCGCGAGAGCACAAGCUGCCCCUGACUCCGACAUUUGCGUUCUUGUCGAUGCUGAGAUCAUCCUUCUUCCUGAAAUUUUCGACGCAUUGGCACAUUUCAGCAAGGUUGAUCGUGAUUGGUUCCUUGUUGCAAUGUCACGUAACAUCACCGAGUUCCAUUACCAGCUCGCUGACAAUGGAAGCCACUGGGUACGAGCAGAUGGUAAAAAUGUGAGCUUCAAGAAGUUGCAGGAGAUUCCAGCUGACAAGUGGGCAUCAGAAAGCUCUGACAGGGGGCUGAUUAUGGCGUGGAACAGUCCGAGCAGUCCUUUACAUGCUGGAGUUCUGCCUUCGUUUCUGUAUGGAAGAGGAGCACACAAUUGGUGGCUGACUCAUGAGGUUCUAUCAUCUGAAAUGAGACUCGUCUUUGAUGCAAGCAGUCUGGUUCUUGGAUUGUAUCCUGAAAGUUUUAGCUCGAUGCAUGACGUGAGCUCGAGUAAGAAUGACAGGUUACCUGCUGGAUCCUGGGAGUAUAAUGUCAAUCGCCACCUUGCCGCAAUUUAUGGCUCUUAUUGCUACCGAUUACCGAGAAGACACUCUACGGUGCUGCAUAAAGUGGUAAAGCAAUCUGAAGAGUAUACGUUCAGCAAAGCUGACGAGCUGACCUUGUCAGAUUUUAUAAUCAGCAAAGAAGAAAAAGCUCAUGGAGGAGGCAGCCUAUGGAGGAAUGAAAACUCUUGCUUAUCUGGACAUCUGCACAGCUCUGAUCUUCCAUAUUCUUUGAGCAUGCUACUUGAGCUUGCUGCUGAUAAGAACAGGUCUGUUGUCCUUGGUGUGGCUGGAGUAAGUUACAGGGACAUGCUCAUGACUUGGGCGUGCCGCUUGCGCUAUCUUAGAGUUACCAAUUUUAUAGUCUGCGCCUUAGACCACGAGACAUAUGAAUUCUCAGUUUUACAGGGUUUGCCAGUUUUCAGAGAUCCAUUAUCACCAAAGAAUGUCAGCUUUGAUGACUGCCACUUUGGAACAAAGUGUUUUCAGCAAGUGACAAAAGUGAAGUCACGGAUUGUUCUAGAGAUAUUAAAACUGGGUUACAAUGUGCUGUUGAGUGAUGUUGAUGUUUAUUGGUUUGACAAUCCAAUGCCAUUCCUGUACUCUCUUGGUCCCGCUACAUUUGGAGCACAAUCUGAUGAAUACAAUGACACGGGACCAAUAAAUUUGCCACGGAGAUUGAAUUCAGGAUUCUACUUCGCUCGCUCAGACAACGCCACGGUCACUGUGAUGCAGAUGAUAGUGAAACAUGCAACUAAUUCCGGCUUAUCUGAGCAACCUAGUUUCUACGAUGUCAUGUGUGGGGAAAAUGGAACAAACCGCAUCAGUGACGACAAAUGCCUGGAGGCCAACACAAACUUGACUGUUGUUUUUCUGAACCGGGACUUAUUCCCCAAUGGAGCUUACAAGGGUCUAUGGGAGAAGCAUGAUGUACAAUCAACUUGCAAGGAGCUUGGUUGUUUCAUCUUGCACAACAACUGGAUAAAUGGGAGGAAGAAGAAGCUCCAGCGGCAGAUGUCGUCUGGGCUGUGGGACUAUGAUCCUAGCUCUAGGCUGUGCUUGCAGGAUUGGAGUGAUAGAGGUAGCUUCAGACAAAUGGGCCAUUUUUAUCCGUUUGAGGACAGUGACAGAUAACUUCGCAACAUGUACCCAAGACGUCUGCUUUUUUUUUUGGAUAAAAAUGUCUGCCAAAUCUUUAUGGCAGUAAUACAGAACGCUCGUAUGCAUGCAUAG